GGGGAAGAGAGGUGGACGAUGGAUAAGCAUCAAACAGAAGAUGUUGUUUUGAUGCUGUCAUGAACACGUGGAGCUCAGAUACCAAACAUAUAUAUAAAGAUGGAUUCGCAGACAUUACCUGAUGAAGAAGAUGAAGAUGUCAGAGGUAGCAAGGCUAAGCAUUUUCCUCCUUUUGAUCCUUCUACUCUCAAGACUCGCAUCAAGAAGUUGCAGAGCAAAAUCGGAGGACAUGGAGAAGCAGCAGGUACCGUUGUUCGUCUUCGGAGAUUCACUCUUCGACGCUGGAAACAACAACUACAUCAACACCACGACACUCUACCAAGCCAAUUUCCCUCCUUAUGGAGAGACCUACUUCAAGCUCCCCACCGGAAGAUUCUGCAAUGGCCGUUUGAUUUCUGACUUCAUCGCUCAAUACGCGAACUUGCCUUUGAUUCCGCCGUUUCUGCAACCUGGACUAAUUGAGUAUCAGUAUGGAGUGAAUUUUGCUUCUGGUGGAGGUGGCGCUCUCGUCGAUACUCAUCCAGGGGAGGUGAUAGAUCUUAAAACACAACUAGGCUACUAUAAGAAAGUGGAGGCUUGGUUUGUACAUAAGUUUGGCAAUACUGAAGCUCGAAAGAAGUUAUCAGAAGCUGUCUACUUGUUCAGCAUCGGAGGCAAUGACUACUUGAGCAUCCCCUUGACGAAUUUAUCACUAGUAGACUCAAACUAUAUAGCAAUGGUGCUUGGCAACUUGACAACAGUUAUGAAAGAAAUAUAUAAAAGUGGGGGCAGAAAAUUCGCCUUCACUAACAUGCCAGACUUGGGCUGUCUUCCAUUUAUGAGAAACUUUAUUGGCAAUGGCAGCUGCUUGGUAGAAGCUUCAUCUAUAGCAAAAGAGCACAACAAAGAACUCUCCAAGCUCCUUGUUGAACUGGAGAAACAACUAAAGGGCUUUGUAUAUUUACUUUUUGACCUCAAUAGCAGUCUUCAACAAAGAGUGGAAAAUCCUUCCAAAUACGGUUUCAGGGAAGGGAAAUCAGCAUGUUGUGGAUCAGGGAUGUUUGGAGGAGCUUACAGCUGUGGAGGAAAAAGGGGUGAGAAGAAGUACAAAGCAUGUGAUAACCCAAAUGAAUAUGUGUUUUGGGAUUCAUACCAUUCAACUGAAAUGACCUACAAACAAUUGGCAGAUCAAAUGUGGAGUGGGGUAGGCAAUCCUCACCUCACUGGGUCUUACAACAUGAAACAACUAUUUCAAUUAGAUUGAUCAUACCCUUUUUCACCCAGCACAAACCACUUGGAGCUUAGAAUCGAACUCCUGUCCUCGGGUGAGAUUUUUUAUGCCCAAAGUUCGAAGAGAUAAUCAGUUAAACUAUCACCAAGUGCCUUUUUUUUUUCCACCCUGUUCUGUUGUACUAUAUAAAUCAUCUUCCAGAGGGUUUUUAUUAGUAUGCUCGCGAUCAUAUCAUCUGAAAUUGUUUUGUACAAGAAAUGCAUGCGCAGUUAUUUA